CGGCGGCCGUGACGUGGCGUUACGCAAGCGCAGAGCCGACAGGGCUUCCUGACACCCGACGAGCAUCACGCCGAAAAAAACUUUACACAUUAGGGUUACUCCCGUAGUUAUAGGUGAUCUGCGUCCUCCAUCAUGGGUCUGACUAUCUCAUCGCUCUUCAGCAGACUGUUCGGAAAGAAACAGAUGAGAAUUCUCAUGGUCGGCCUGGAUGCUGCCGGCAAAACCACAAUACUGUACAAACUCAAACUAGGAGAAAUUGUGACCACCAUUCCAACCAUAGGUUUUAACGUAGAGACCGUUGAAUACAAGAACAUCUGCUUCACCGUGUGGGAUGUGGGCGGCCAGGAUAAGAUUCGUCCUCUCUGGAGGCACUAUUUUCAGAACACACAGGGUCUGAUCUUUGUGGUGGACAGCAAUGACAGAGAGAGAGUGGCCGAAUCUGCGGAGGAGCUUUCUAAAAUGUUGCAGGAAGAUGAACUGAGGGACGCCGUGCUGCUGGUUUUCGCAAACAAACAGGAUCUGCCGAAUGCCAUGGCCGUCAGUGAACUCACAGACAAACUUGGGCUGCAGAGUCUCCGCAGUAGAACGUGGUACGUCCAAGCGACCUGCGCUACACAGGGCACCGGACUCUAUGAAGGACUGGACUGGUUAUCCAAUGAGCUCUCCAAACGCUAGUGGGCCUGUUAGGGGUUGAGAUGGUGCGUAUCGACUAGUGGAAAGGCUAGAGACUCCUCUUUAGAAUUUUUAAGUGUGUGACACAGCUGGAAACUGGGGAGAAACCAUCAAACACUCUGCGCCUGUCUUAGCUUUCCUUUUCUGCAAUACAUUUCUUUUUUUUAUUUCUUUUUUAUUUCAAAUGCAACAAAAACAGCCGUCAUUUUGCGAGAGGAAAAAUGUUUCGAAGGACCUCCCUUCGCUAUUGCCUUUUUUUUCGAGUCUCUCAGAAAGUCCUCACGCAAAACCAAAAACACUGGAGUCCCUGAUCAGCGAGCAGGGUUAUUGGUUUUGCUUUGGUCCGCUCAGCAUCGUUUAUCUAAGAAUUUGUCGUCAAGCCUCACCGGAGAAUCUCUGGGGUUAGUGAUAUUUCAGAACUGGACUUUACGUGUGGAGUCGUCUGGCGAAUCGAAGCCAUGCCUGUUCCAUCAAUACUUCUAGAUAUGCAAGCUGUAAAGUUUGUUACGUUGCAUUAUCCGCUGUAGUGGUGUGGAGUCAUGUGGUCCUUCUAAACAUUAUCCUUGUCUGCAUGAGUUUACUUCUUCUGGGUCUUGGUUUAAAUCCCCCUCAUCAACAGCACGUGGCAUGAAAAGGUUACGUUUCUUUUAAUAGGUUAGGUUUUUUUCUACGCGAUCCAUCAUUCGCGGCGAAGGUUUGAGUGACCCAGGACUGUUUUCGCUGUAGGUCCGAGUGAUGUUCUUCAGCCACGACGACACAAAGUUCUUUCCAUUUAUAAUUUAAAGUUGAAAUUGAUUGACGUGUUUUAUGUUUGUCAUGCCAUGUGAAAUGUUUCGCUCAGGCGUGUUUCUUGAGCUUAUUCGUGUUUGAAUCUGACUGCUGAACGCAGGUUUAAUGUAUUGAUGAACUUCAUGUCUGGUUGAAAUGGUUUGCUUUCCUAAACUGAUGUGUAACAGAUACAAUCUAUUUUACCCUAUUAUCAUUACAAAUUUGUUUGUGUAUUAUAUGUAUCAUAUUGUUUUAGAAUAAAACAUAAUUGUGAACUCAUAAUUGUGUUGAAUGCGAUACUUCUAUUUUGGCCUUUAAAUGCAGACUUUAAGUUUGUGUGUCCCGCUUUUUGGGAGCAGAAACAGUCAAUGAUUUGUGCUUUCACCAAAUCAAAAGUGAAUGCAAUUGUAAUUUUCUUAAUUGCUGACAAAUCAGAAAAUCUCAUUGUUGUACCAAGUUCUAAGCUGCGUUACUGCAUCGGUCCAGCGGAUGGCACCUGGAAUUAAAAACUCCAGACAGCCGCACAGUAACUUCAGACGACUCAACGGUUAACUAAUUGAAGAGCCGUGUUUGGUAGCCUCUGGAAAAAGUUUGUGUUUGAAGUGUAUGCAAAUACGCAUACUGAGAGGUGUUUGAACUCCAACUGCUUGCAUGUGCUGUGCCUUUGAGUGAUUUUCAUCAUAAAAUAUUUUCCUUUUUGUUUGCAAAUUUAGUACGAUUGGUAAAGGGUUUAAAUGUUCUCUGUCCAUCCCUUUACAUAAAGUGUAUAAGUCCUAAAAACAGCGAAGAAAAGAUGUUUAGUGCAUUUGAUAAGAAACUAAACUAAGAUCAGACCACAUCUGUAAACAACACCGUUAGAGGAGCCGCCCUGUUGUGUGUGUGUGUGUGUGUGUGUCUCUCUCUUAUUAAUCAGGGUUAGAUUUGGGUGUGGAGAUCAUUCCAGGACAAGAUCUGAGCAGAUAAAUUACAGGAGGCAUAUAAAUGUCAUUCUGAAAUUCUGUUUCCCAAUUUGUUAAUUUAUUUGUAACCUACUUUGAAUCUUAGAUCUUACGAACACUACACAAUAUGACAUACCACAGAUUCCCGCUGUGGUAUGGAGCAGAGUUAUAAGAGUGCCGUUAGAGAAAAGUCACGCAUUCUUGAGUUCCUUAGUCUACCUAUAAGGAGAAAUGAGCUCAUACCGAUCACGGUCCAAAUCAAAGGACAUUUUUUUCUAAAUUCAGCGCCUUUUAAUGAGCUCCGUGUAAAACCCCAAAUGAACUAGGAUGAGAAAGUAUCAUUUUGUGUAUUCUAAUUCUAAUUUUAAUUCUUUCCUAAUUUUGUCGUGUUUGGUUUCAUUAAAGCAUUUUGAAUUCAUUUAAUGUUUAUACUGUCAUUAUACUUUACAGAAAACAGGGAGAGCAUUGUUUAUGGGUUAUUUUGUUAUUUGCUGUUUUCUGUUUUGAAACUUUGUGCCUUGUGCUUUUUGUCAGCAAUUUGAUACGCAGUUUUCAUACACUUUGCGCUCUGUUUUAUGAUCUGCAAACAUGUUUAAAAACAAAGGUAACAAAUGAGUUAAUAGAGAUUUAAUAGCACUUAAAGAAAAAUGCUGCUGCAUUCCCUGAGAAACAACAACAAAGACUUCCUGUAGAGGGAUCGGAAACUUACUGAGAAAACGAAACUCAUGAAAGCAAGAGCAGCAGCUGUUCACAGAUCAGUUAAGGGCGGGAACGUCAGCAGUAUAAAUCACACACAGACCCACUGAUCGGUCCUUUCCACCGCCUUCUGCUGCCAGAUCAACAAGAUUUUAUGGCGUUUCCUUUGUGGGACAUGCCAUGGAAACUUGGCUGGUUUUGUAGCACUAAUGUCAUCAUGAAGAAGGCGGAGUUUCAGUAAAUCCUUGCUGCCAGGGGCAGGGUCGUCUGACCCAGUGCCAUUCAUUUGAUUGGUGCUGGUGUCCAGAUGUGCAGAGGCCAGCGCAGUCUGCGGAGCCUGACAUCAGUGUGACGUCUGACAAUCAACGCGCAAUGCCUCAAGACAAAUACUACAAAAAACAAGAACCGACCACAAAAAAACCAAUGCAUGUGAUGCUAAAAGUGAACCAAGAAAUCUCUUUAACAUAUUGCUGACUACUGAAUAAUGCUACAAAUGUUACGUGAAGUGAAGAAGCGAAAUUUUGGUGAAACCUUUGGUUUCUGCAUUGCUUGGUUCAGUUUUUCCGGGGCAGAACUGGGAAACAAAGAGCCCCGGAACAAAAUGUGGAAAAAAAAUAAAAAUAAAUAAAAAACGACAAACAA